CCGCCCGCUCUCCUGCGGCACCACCCUCCACCUGCACUCUCUCUCUCCCUUCUCUUCUCUCUUGUCUCUCUCUUCUCUGUUUCGCACAAUCUGUCCCCGUCAGGGCUCUUGCCCUACCCACCGAAGCAGGCUCUCGCACUGUGCUUGCUCGGUCUGCCCCCACUCCACACCACCCCACCCCCCUUCUCUUCCUCUCUCACCAAUCUCCUUUUAGUGGGGUGCAGGGCCCUGGUCUUGGAUCGCUGCAAUUCGUCAGCUCUUCUUCCCCGUCCCGGUUUGGCGUGGAUUGCCGCAGGGGUCUCUCGGUGCGCACUGUUCGUGAGUUGGGUUUUGGCGGUACUGUUUUGGAGCGCUGUUUCGGAGGAUUUCAGAAUGGCGGAGGGCGGGCCGCUGGGCCUGCUUGUCUUUGCCACAAUCUUCGUGCUCAUCGGCGUCUUGGCCUUCUCUAUACGGUUGUUCUCUGUCAUCAAGUAUGAGAGCAUCAUUCAUGAGUUUGACCCGUACUUUAACUACAGAGUCACUCAGUACUUGACCAAAGCCGGCAUUUAUGAGUUUUGGAACUGGUUCGAUGAUAGAACAUGGUACCCAUUGGGGAGAGUGAUUGGAGGGACUGUUUAUCCAGGCCUCACGUUGACAGCAGGAACCAUGUGGUGGGUGGCACAAGCUAUUAACAUUCCUUUGUCGGUGGAGACGGUGUGUGUUUUCACCGCCCCAGUCUUCUCAGCGUUUGCGUCAUGGGCCACAUUUCUGCUAACCAAGGAAGUGAAGGGUACCGGCGCAGGACUAACCGCGGCAGUCCUUCUUGCUAUGGUUCCAUCGUACAUCUCAAGGUCUGUAGCUGGUAGCUACGACAAUGAAGCAGUUGCUAUAUUUGCUCUUGUUUUGACCUUUUACUUGUAUGUCAAGACGUUGAACACAGGGUCACUUUUCUAUGCGACAUUAAACUCUCUUGCCUACUUCUACAUGACUUGUUCUUGGGGUGGUUACACGUUCAUAAUCAACCUCAUUCCAAUUCAUGUGCUGCUAUGCCUGGUCACUGGCCGUUACUCAUCACGGCUCUACAUUGCUUUUGCACCCUUGGUGGUACUGGGAACUCUUCUAGCAGCUCUUGUGCCUGUGGUGGGUUUUAACGCUGUUAUGACAUCCGAGCACUUCGCCGCUUUUCUGGUAUUUGUCAUCCUGCAUGUCGUUGCCUUAGAGCGCUAUAUUCGGCGUACGCUUGACGAAGCAACCUACCGCAUGGCAUUCACAGUGGUUGUCGCCAUUGGGACGACGGGUGCUGUUGUGCUUGUUGGGAUACUGAUUGCCUUAGUGGCAGCUAGCCCUACAAAAGGAUGGAGUGGACGCAGCCUGAGUUUGCUGGACCCAACCUAUGCAAGCAAGUAUAUCCCAAUCAUUGCUAGUGUUAGCGAGCAUCAGCCACCCACCUGGCCUUCGUAUUUCAUGGACAUCAACAUUUUGGCCUUCCUAGCUCCAGCUGGUAUCAUCGCAUGUUUCCGGCCACUGACAGAUUCAAGCACCUUCAUCAUUCUGUACAUGAUUACAUCCGUGUACUUUUCUGGAGUGAUGGUCCGGCUUAUGCUUGUACUGGCCCCGGCAGCUUGCAUAGUGGGAGGCAUUGCGCUAUCUGCAGCUUUUGAGACUCUCACAAGGUCUAUCAAGUAUGCACCCACGGCACCUCCGGCCUUGUUACUCCCCGCCGAAAAGGAAGAGGCGUCCAGCUCAGGAGCUACACCAGGAUCGAUGGUGCGCAUUGGUGGGGGUGUAUUCGCUCACAUCAAGGAGCCUGACUACCUGAGAGACGGCCAGUACCGUAUUGAUAGCCAGGCCACCCAAACGAUGCUCAACUCCCUGAUGUAUAAAUUAUCCUACUACAGGUUUGCAGAAGCCACCAUGGAUGGGAAGGGCUACGAUAGAGUUAGAAGGACCGAAAUUGGGAAAAAGCAGUUCAGACUGACUCACUUUGAAGAGGUUUUUACAAGUCAUCAUUGGAUGGUGCGGAUAUACAAGUUGAAGGAACAAAAGAACAAAGUGCGUGGGAAGAUCAAACGCAAAUCAAAGGCUAGCAAGAGCAAGGCAAGCUCAACAACGAAGAGAAGUGCCUCAAAGGGAAGAUCGCAGAAGUGAGAAAGAGGCGAGAAUGAAUGUAGCCUUAAGUUAUCAGUUGAGGUAGGGAUUAUCAGGCCCUCUGCAGGUAGAGUAGGUUGGAAGUGAGGACAGAAUCUAGAUUGAUGCAUUCAAACAGGUGGGUGGUAGGGCAUGGAGCAGUGUUGGGCGGAUGUCUAGUUUAUCAAAGAACCACGGGCUCCGGUUACUUGAAUUUUACUAUUUCAAGGACUUUCCUAUGUUGGAGUUCCAUGAAUGGAGGAAUUGGCGGUUUUGCCCUCUUUCCGGUCGCAGAAGGGAGCGGCGUGCUCACCUGCACAACUGAUGGCCCAUUUGUGGUCAAGUACAUUUGGAGCUAACUUCCCUGUGACGGAAAUAGAUGUAAAACUGAUUACACUAAAUGGGACAAUGAAAUCACUAUCACAUCUUUCAAGUCA